AUGUGCUGGGGUCGGGUACUUACAUGGGUUCAGGAAAUAACCCUAUGGACCAUCAUUUCUAGUUCCGUUCUCACUCUUUUUGCAUGCAUCUACAGUGCCAUCCACCCCAAUAUCCCGAGUCCUACUAAGCGCCGCAGCUACCCUUGUAUCAUAUGGCGACAACUUGGCAUGAUGAUAAUGGCACUAAUCGCUCCUGAACUGAUCGCCGCAUGGGCUAUGCGACAGUGGAGUAUUAUUUCUGCUCAUGUCUCUUUGGCAUAUUAUACGUGGACUCAGAUGCACAGCUUCUUUGUGCUCAUGGGUGGUUUCAUGCUUUAUAAGGACGGGAAACCCUAUCAUACACUACAGCAUGAUCACAUUCCCAAACUGAUACAAAAGGGGUGUAUCGACUUUCCUACCCUAAUGGCAGACCAGAUCCACGACAAGAGCAAGGGCAAUGCGAUAUCGAAAGCAGUGGUCGUGCUCCAGGUGGCCUGGUUUGUUAUGCAGCUCAUUACCCGCGCCAUCUAUCACCUCGAAGUCACUCAGCUCGAAGUGGGCACACUCGCUUUUGCGGUUCUUAAUUUCCUGACUUAUGCUGCGUGGUGGGACAAGCCUCUCAAUGUGCAAUUGGCAUUCAAAAAGAUGACAUCGCCCAGUUUAAGAUCUUGGCUCCAGUCUUGCACCCAAUUCUAG